GACGACGACGACCAUCUCCCGGCCUUGAUCCCCAUCCGUCACAAUGGCGAUCAAGCACAACAACCAGAUUCUCAACCAGCACUUCCACAAGGACUGGCAGCGUCGUGUCCGCGUGCACUUCGACCAGCCUGGCCGCAAGCACCGCCGUCGUGAGGCUCGUCUCGCUAAGGCUGCCGCCGUUGCUCCUCGUCCGGUUGACAAGCUGCGCCCCGUUGUGCGCUGCCCUACUGUCAAGUACAACCGCCGUGUUCGUGCUGGUCGUGGUUUCACCCUUGCUGAGCUGAAGGAAGCUGGUAUCCCCAAGAAGCUCGCUCCCACCGUCGGCAUCGCCGUUGACCACCGCCGUGUCAACUACUCCAAGGAGUCCCUCGUCGCCAAUGUCGCCCGCCUCAAGGACUACAAGGCUCGCCUGAUCCUCUUCCCCCGCAAGAGCGGUCAGUUCAAGAAGCUCGACUCUUCUGCCGAGGAGGUCAACGCCGCCAAGGCUGCCUUCGCUGAGGGCAAGACCGAGGGCUUCGUCACCCGCGUCAACCCCACCCUCCCCAUCAAGAACGUCUCCGCCGCCGAGGCUGUCACCGAGGUCAAGCGCGAAGACCUCCCCAAGGGUGAGGAGGCUGCCUACCGCCGCCUCCGUGAGGCCCGCUCCGAGGCCCGCUACAAGGGUGCCCGUGAGAAGCGUGCUAAGGCCAAGGCUGAGGAGGAGUCUGCUGCCAAGAAAUAAAUGUGAUUCACUACUAAUGAUGAUCGGGUCGAUUUUCAAGUCGGGGAUUGGUCUACUGUGGCAUGGCGUGGCUCCUCUUUUUCCUCUCUUACCUUUGUCCUUAACUUAAAAAGCUUCCCAAACACCUCGAAAUGCAAAUGUCCCAAGUUCAUGUCCCACCACUACGACUUUCGAUUUUUUGUGCUGGUCUUCUUCCCCGGACUUCGAUUGUCAUCAGAAGUUUUAUUUUUUCCUCCACCAGAAAUCACAUCAAGACCUUGCAGAUACCCCCCCCCCCCCC